GCCCGGGCCGCCGUCCCCACCUCCACCACCUCCUCCUUCUCCUCCUCCGUCUCCUCCUCCUCCUCCAGUCCCGCCGCCGCAGCCAACAUGGCUGCGCUCCGGAGCCCGGGAGGCGGUGACCGCUGAGCACCCGCCCGCCGUUCCCCUUCCCCGGAGGGGGGGGGGUUAGGAGGGUGGGCCCCCAGAGCUGAGCUCAGGCCAUCUUCGUCCCUGCACCUACCCCCUCCCUCCAAUCCCCCCCCCCCCAAAACAACAACAACAACAACAACAAAAAACCCAGCCAACCCCGGUCCAUGGACUCGUCCACCGUGUCGCGGCUCCCGGUGAGCUAAGCUGUCGCCCAGAUCUGAUCACCUCCCUCCGGCCUCGGGAAGCCCGGGCCGUCCUCCUCGCCCCCGUCCCCGUCCCCCCGCCAGCAUGGAGCCGCCGCGCCGCGAGCUGCUCGCCCAGUGUCAGCAGAGCCUGGCCCAGUCCAUGACCGAGGUGGAGGCCGUGCUCGGGCUGCUCGAGGCCGCGGGAGCGCUCAGCCCCGGCGAACGGAGGCAGCUGGACCGGGAGGCGGGCGGCGGCGGCGCCAAGGCGGAGCUGCUGCUCGAGCUGCUGCUGGCCAAAGAGCGCGAUCACUCCCAGGACCUGCGCGCCGCGCUCGAGAAGACGCAGCCUCACCUGCUGUCCAUGCUCUACCUGAACGGGGUCGUCCCGGGCCCGCCGCAGCCCGCCGAGGGCGCCGGCUCCACCUACAGCGUCCUGUCCAUCAUGCCCUCGGACUCGGAGAGCAGCAGCUCCCUCAGCAGUGUCGGAACCACGGGGAAGGCGCCGUCGCCACCGCCCCCGCUCCCCAAGCAGCAGAUCAGCGACAAGGUGGACAACCUCUCCAUUCAGUUGCGCCUGAUGACUCGGGAGAGAAAUGAGCUGCGCAAGCGCCUGGCCUUCGCCACUCAUGGAGCGACCUUUGACAAGAGGCCCUACCACAGGCUGAACCCCGACUAUGAGAGGUUGAAGAUCCAGUGUGUACGAGCCAUGUCAGACCUCCAGAGCCUGCAGAACCAGCACACCAACGCCCUGAAGAGGUGUGAGGAGGUGGCCAAGGAGACGGACUUCUAUCACACCCUCCACAGCCGGCUCCUGAGCGACCAGACUCAGCUGAAGGAUGACGUGGACAUGCUGAGGCGGGAGAAUGGGAAGCUGCUGAGGGAGCGGAACCUGCUGCAGCAGUCCUGGGAAGACAUGAAGCGACUGCGUGAGGAGGACCAGAAGGAGAUCGGUGACCUCCGGGCCCAGCAGCAGCAGGUGCUGAAGCACAACGGGUCAUCCGAGGUCCUGAACAAGCUGUACGACACGGCCAUGGACAAGCUGGAGGUGGCCAAGAAGGACUACGACGCACUGCGGAAGAGGUACAGUGAGAAGGUCGCCCUGCACAAUUCAGACCUGAGCCGCCUGGAGCAGCUGGGGGAGGAGAACCAGCGCCUGCUGAAGCAGACGGAGAUGCUGACGCAGCAGAGGGACACGGCCAUCCAGCUGCAGCACCAGUGUGCCCUCUCCCUGAGGAGGUUCGAGACAGUCCACCACGAGCUGAGCAAGGCCACGGCUCAGAACAAGGACCUGCAGUGGGAGAUGGAGCUGCUCCAGUCGGAGCUGACGGAGCUGAGGACCAAGCAGGUGAAAACGGCCAAGGAGUCAGAGAAGUACAAGGAGGAGCGCGACGCUGUGUACAGCGAGUACAAACUCAUCAUGAGCGAGCGAGACCAGGUCAUCUCUGAGCUGGACAAACUGCAGACAGAGGUGGAGCUGGCCGAGUCCAAGCUCAAGAGCAGCACGUCUGAGAAGAAGGCGGCCAGUGAGGAGAUGGAGGCUCUGCGACAGAUGAAAGAUACAGUGACCAUGGACGCCGGCCGAGCCAACAAAGAGGUGGAAACCCUUCGAAAGCAGUGCAAGGCACUGUGCCAGGAGCUGAAGGAAGCCCUCCAGGAGGCCGAUGUGGCCAAGUGCCGGAGGGACUGGGCCUUUCAGGAGCGGGACAAGAUUGUGGCCGAGCGCGACAGCAUCCGGACCCUGUGUGACAGCCUGAGGCGGGAGCGAGACCGGGCCGUCAGUGAGCUGGCAGAAGCUCUGCGCAGUCUGGAUGACACUCGGAGACAGAAGAAUGACGUCAGCCGGGAGCUGCAGGAGCUCAAGGAGCAGAUUGAAUCCCAGCUGGAGAAGGAGGCCCGCUUCCGGCAGCUGAUGGCCCACAGCUCCCACGACUCAGCCAUCGACACCGAUUCCAUGGAGUGGGAGACCGAGGUGGUGGAGUUCGAGAGGGAGAGGGAAGAUGUUGACUUGAAGGCUCUUGGGUUUGACAUGGCAGAAGGUGUGAAUGAGCCUUGUUUCCCAGGGGACUGCGGCAUAUUUGUCACUAAAGUGGACAAAGGAAGCAUCGCUGAUGGUCGCUUGAGGGUCAAUGACUGGCUGCUGAGGAUCAACGAUGUGGACCUCAUCAACAAGGACAAAAAGCAGGCCAUCAAGGCUCUCCUCAAUGGCGAAGGGGCCAUCAACAUGGUCGUGCGACGGAGAAAGUCCCUGGGUGGGAAGGUGGUCACACCCCUCCACAUCAAUCUCGGGGGACAGAAAGACAGUGGCAUCAGCCUGGAGAAUGGAGUGUAUGCUGCCGCCGUGGUGCCCGGGAGCCCUGCCGCCAAAGAAGGGUCCCUCGCCGUGGGAGACAGGAUUGUCGCGAUCAACGGUAUUGCGCUGGACAACAAGUCUCUGAAUGAAUGUGAAUCUCUGCUGCGGAGCUGCCAGGACUCCCUGACGCUGUCCCUCUUGAAGGUGUUCCCCCAGAGCUCCUCGUGGAGUGGCCAGAACAUCUUUGAAAAUGUCAAGGACUCGGAUAAGACGCUGAGUUGCCGAGCCCACGGCCCGGAGGUCCAGGCUCAUAACAAAAGGAGCUUGUUGCCGCACAAUAACUCCACACAGACGGAUAUCUUCUGUGUGGACCGGCUGGAAGACAGGAAGGAGCUGGGGCCAUCGGGAGACAGCAGCUCCUUUCUGCACAAGCCAUUCCCUGGAGCCUCCUUUCCCGCCUGUCCCCAGGCCUGUUCCAGCACCUCUGAGCGGAGCCUGAGCUCCUUCCACUCCGAUGCCUCUGGGGAACGUGGCUAUGGCCUGGUGGACAUGCCCAGUCGGCGGUCAGUGCUGCCCUUCGAGACCGAGGUGGGCCCCUGCGCCCCGACGGAGGCCCCCGUCGACAAGACGGACCCUGAGGGCUCUAAGAGCGGCGGAACCUGGCCCAAGGCCGUGCUUGGCUCCACAGCAGGGCCUGAGAAGCUCUCUGUCUACAAAAAGCCCAAGCAAAGGAAGUCGAUCUUUGACCCAAACACUUUCAAACGCCCCCAGACACCCCCUAAGGUAGACUAUGUACUCCCAGGCCCUGGGCCUGGUCACUCCCCACAGCCCUCCAAGAGGGUGGGGCCCCUGACGCCACCAAAGCCCCCCAGGAGGACCGACUCCAUCAAGUUCCAUCACAGGCUGGAGACUAGCUCGGAGUCAGAGGCCACGUUGGUGGGCAGCUCCCCAUCCACCAGCCCUCCCGGUGCUCUGCCCCCCGACGUGGACCCCGCAGAACCCACGCAUGCCUCGCCCCCUCGGAAGUCCAGGGUCUGCAUCGCUUCCAGCUACCACUCUGAAGGGGAUGGGGACCCCUCCUACCUGCCUGCCAAGAAGGCCUGUGACGACGACCUUACCUCCCCGAAGGCAGACGAGCUGGGCCAGAAGCGGCGCCGGCCGAAGUCUGCUCCCAGUUUCCGGCCCAAGAUCACUCCAGUCGUGAUUCCUGCUCAGUGCCUAGAGGAGCCCAAGUCUCUCCCGGCCAGUGGAGAGCUUUCCCCGGAGGUCCAGGAGUGGUCCUUGUACUCACCAGGGCAUUCCAGCCGGCAUGGCAACCCCCCGCUGUACCCCAACAGGCCGUCUGCAGGUACUGUUCCCCGAAGCAUGACCCCCAGUACCACCGUGAGCUCCAUCCUGCGGAACCCCAUCUAUACCGUGCGCAGCCACAGGGUCGUACCCUGUGGCUCUCCACCUGCACCCCGUGAUGCUGCCCCCCAAGGCUUGUCUCCCAGUGUCCAGCACCAGGGCCGCCUGAGCCUGGACCUGAGCCACAGGACCAUGUGCGACUACUCCGAGAUGAGAACCUCCCAUGGCUCCAACUCACUGCCCUCCAGUGCCCGCCUUGGGUCUUCCAGUAACCUGCAGUUCAAGGCAGAACGCAUCAAGAUCCCGUUGACUCCGCGAUACCCCCGGUCUGCCAUGGGCUCUGACAGAGGCUCGUUGUCACAUUCUGAAUGCAGCACUCCUCCCCGGUCACCUCUGAGCAUCGACACCCUGUCUUCUUGUAGCCAGCCACAAACCUCAGCCUCCACAUUGCCCAGAAUUGCUGUGAACCCCGCCUCCCAUGGGGAGCGGAGAAAGGACAGGCCUUACGUGGAGGAGCCACGGCACGUGAAGGUGCAGAAGGGCUCGGAGCCUCUGGGCAUCUCCAUCGUGAGUGGAGAGAAGGGCGGUGUCUACGUCUCCAAGGUGACCAUGGGGAGUAUCGCCCACCAGGCUGGCCUUGAGUACGGGGACCAGUUACUUGAGUUCAAUGGCAUCAACCUGCGGAGUGCCACCGAGCAGCAGGCCCGGCUCAUCAUCGGGCAGCAGUGCGACACCAUCACCAUUCUGGCCCAGUACAACCCACACAUGCACCAGCUCAGCAGCCACUCCCGCUCCAGCUCCCACCUGGACCCUGCUGGUACCCACUCCACUCUCCAGGGAAAUGGUGCCGCCACCCCAGAACAUCCCUCUGUCAUUGACCCGCUGAUGGAGCAGGACGAGGGCCCUGCCACCCCACCAGCCAAGCAGAGUGCCCCCAGCACCAGGGUUGUGGGCGAUGCCAACAAGAAGACCUCUGAACCCCGAGUUGUGUUCAUCAAGAAGUCCCAGCUGGAGCUUGGGGUGCACUUGUGUGGGGGGAACCUGCACGGAGUGUUCGUGGCCGAGGUGGAGGACGACAGUCCCGCCAAGGGCCCCGACGGUCUCGUGCCGGGAGACCUUAUCCUCGAGUAUGGCAACCAGGAUGUGCGCAGCAAAACGGUGGAGGAGGUCUAUGUGGAGAUGCUGAAGCCCCAGGAUGGCGUCCGCCUGAAGGUGCAGUACCGCCCCGAGGAAUUCGCCAGGGUCAAGGGCUUGCCUGGUGACAACUUCUACAUCAGGGCACUGUAUGACCGGCUGGCAGAGGUGGAGCCCGAACUGAGCUUCAAGAAAGACGAUAUCCUCUAUGUGGAUGACACCUUGCCCCAGGGCACCUUUGGAUCCUGGAUGGCUUGGCAGUUGGACGAGAAUGCCCAGAAGAUCCAGCGAGGGCAGAUUCCCAGCAAAUACGUGAUGGACCAAGAGUUCUCCAGGAGGCUCAGCAUGUCUGAGGUCAAGGACGACAGCAGCUCUGCGAAGACGCUGUCUGCGGCUGCGCGCCGGUCCUUCUUCCGAAGGAAACACAAGCACAAACGCAGCGGCUCCAAGGAUGGGAAGGACCUCCUCGCCUUGGACACCUUCUCCAAUGACUCCAUUCCUCUCUUUGAAGACUCGGUGAGCCUGGCCUAUCAGCGGGUCCAGAAGGUGGACUGCACCUCUCUGCGGCCUGUCCUCAUUCUCGGGCCUUUGCUGGAUGUGGUGAAGGAGAUGCUGGUCAAUGAGGCACCUGGCAAGUUCUGCAGAUGCCCGCUUGAGGUGAUGAAGGCCUCCCAGCAAGCCAUUGAACGGGGUGUCAAAGACUGCCUGUUUGUCGACUACAAGAGGAGGAGUGGCCAUUUUGAUGUGACCACGGUGGCUUCGAUAAAGGAGAUCACAGAAAAGAACCGGCACUGUCUCCUGGACAUCGCCCCCCACGCCAUCGAGAGGCUGCACCACAUGCACAUCUACCCCAUUGUCAUCUUCAUCCACUACAAGAGUGCCAAGCACAUCAAGGAGCAGAGAGACCCCGUCUACCUGAGGGACAAAGUGACGCAGAGGCAUUCCAAAGAGCAGUUCGAGACGGCGCAGAGGAUUGAGCAGGAGUACAGCAAGUAUUUCACAGGAGUUGUCCAGGGGGGAGCCCUGUCGAGCAUUUGCACUCAGAUCUUGGCAACGGUCAAUCAAGAACAAAAUAAAGUCCUGUGGAUCCCCGCCUGCCCGCCCUAGCAGAAGUCCACGCGGAGGUGCCUCUGCUCGUGUCACGGUGGGGACACCUGGCUGGCUCUUUGGUGACUGAAGACAGAGGUCUGUCUGUCUGUGGACAAGCUGGGAAGGACCCGGAACCACGACUCCAGAAUCACCUCCUUUGCAGACGGGAGGGCAGCGGCCACACGGAUCUGGGCCCGGCCUGGGGCGCACGCCACUCCCCUCACGAGCGUGCUUUAAAACAAGACAACAGACUCUUCCCCUCCUGUAGCCAGCCGACUAGAGAUGCUGCGCCCAGAACCUUGCAGAUCACACGUUUACAAAGCCUUUUCUAAGUGUUUGGUUUAUGUUGAUGUUUACUUGAACAACUCCAUGUGUUGGUGCCCCGGCCCCUCUGCUGCCUCGUUACUUUACUUUAACGCUCCUGUCUUUGGCAAAACCACCCUGGGACCUCACAGGGGUGUGGGGCCUACAGUGCUACUGGGGGCACCUGUCAGUGGGACCAGAGCCUUGGCAGACUUCCUGCUCCCCGAUGGCCCCUCUGCCGGAAGACAUCGCAACUGUAGGUGCCACAACUGGUGCCUCGGUGGGGCCAACUCACCAUGGCAGCGAUUUCCUCCCGCACCUGGGCAGGCAGCUUUGGCACUCGGAAUUUCCCUUUUGGCCUUUCUUCCUGCUUUUCUGGCCUUUCGUUUCUUCUCCAGCUGCAAUUCUUAUUUAAGCAUCACGUCUGGUCCCUAAGGGCUUGAUGACAUGGUUGGGUCCUCCACGGGGUAUGGUGCAGGGACGGGGGCGUGCCACUAGCUCUCCCCCACCCCAGCUCUUUUUGAGUGUGAAAGUGUUCAUGGUUCAGACUUUGAAAUGAGAGCUCGGGGAGGGGGUGGGGAGGUACAGGUAGACUCCUCGCUGAGAAUCUUGGAAGAAAACCUGAGAGGUUUCCCAUCUUGGCUGUGGUGCUCAGCCUGAGCCCGACUCCGUGAGGGAGUCGGCAGUCUUCAUCGGGGUUCUGUUUUUCUCAUCUUCCACCCCUUCUUUUCGCUUCUGAUGCCAGGUCUAUCUGGCGGAAGAGUCAAUGUGGUCCUUCCUUUUGCUGUGUCCUGUUAAGAGGUACUGUACUGGGCUCCCUGUGUGUCAUUGCUGUGGGACCUGUUUUAAUACUGUUCCUAACAUUUCAUUUUACUAGCAAGAAAUCUUUGAUUUCAUCUUAUUCUUUGUAUUUUAGACCCUAGAUGGUAGUUUAGCCAUUAUUGACAUUUUUUUUAAAAAAAGGGAUAUAUUUUCUUGCACAGCUGUUUAAAAAAAAGAGACAAAUCUGCGUCCUCAGUUCUGUUCUACGUCUUCUUACAGGUACAAGUUUCUAGCUCAGACAGCUGAGAUGAAUCGCAGACCCUUCUGGAGGUCUUGCUGGCACAGCCGGAGGUGGGGGUGGGCGGGCUGUGCUCUAGGGGGCAGCCCCAGCCAGGCUGCCCCAGGCAGUGUGUGGGCAAGGGGUACAGGUACGAUCUGACGAACGCCAUGUUCUGUACUAAAAUGUUACUUUGUAUCAAAAGUGAAACAGACUUUAGCACAACAAAUAAAGGUCAAUUUCUGUAAA